UUUAAAAUCAAGACCUCGAAAGAGUACUUCAAAUUCCGAGUCCACCGUUUUCUUGCUUCGGUGACGGUUUCAAAGCCAAUCUUCAAGCUAUCUCGCAUUGCGCUCUGAUCCAAGCUUCGGCAACUUCUACGACUGCACAGAUCCGAAGCAAUGGGGAAGGUUCCAGUUAGACUGAAAGAAGUGGCUUACACGAUCUCACCCUAUCACCAGCAUGUCAUGACGGGGUUGUGGAAGGAUAUCCCCUACAAGCUGAGCAAAAAAUUUCACGAGAACUGGGUGUCUGCCUUUACUUUGGUGGUUCCUAUUGUGGGCACUUACAUGUAUGCUGAGAAUUACAGAGAGAAUGAGAAACUUCACCACAGAUACUGACCUCAUACAAGAUGAUAGGUUUUGUUUUUAGGCACAUUGUAACCGAUUCCUUGAACAUUAUGAGGGAUAAUGGAAACGGGUGAAUGCAUGUGUACAAUCAUAGGUAUGCUCUGUUGGAACUCGUCUCUUAUGUCAACUCUGAGGACAGUGAUUAUUGCAUUGUUGAACGUCUGAAUAAAGAUCUGCAUUGACCUUGUCUGCUAGUUUUUGUCUGCUAA